UCACGUGUGUUGACGGGAACCUCCAAAACGAAAGUGAAAUAAGCUGCAUUCUGCGCAUGCUCACAGAAAGUGACCUCGUUUUCGCUGUUCUUAUCCAAAACAAAGCAGGAGACCGGGGGUUGCACACCCAAACAGAUGCGCGGUGACGCGGCCCUACUCUAGAUCUAGAUCUAGAGCUGUAAACGUGGAACUAUUGCGCACCCAACCAGACAAUAUAUGUUGCACCAAACAGACACCUUGCGCACCAAACCAGACACACGUUACCAAACAAACACCACCGCAAAAUAUAGAAAUUUUUAACUGCUGUUACAGUAAUGCGCUACACCGUAUAGAGAGGAAGUUUUUCUAACUUCUGCUGAAAAAAUCAUGAAGAUCGACCUGUAACUUCCAGAGAUAUCCACAAAAGAUCGCUUACUGUAUAUAUGGCACCACAGGAUGUACUCUUGUAGACAAGGAGUAGAGUACUGGACUAGAGGCCCCUCUGUUCCUCUACGACAGACUGGCAGACUACGGCAGUGCUGUCCUAUAAUUCGUUGGCAAACCAGCAAAAGGACAUUUGUGCUGGAUGGAGUGGUUCACAAAACUACAAAUGACAAAGGAAAGGGGGUACCUUCCAAAACAGUCAAACCAACAAAACCACAAAGCAGCAAAGGUGUGAAAGGUGGUGUGAAUGAGUUUAUCCCUGAGGCAUCUGAUAGCCUGCGUAAGGAGAAGCAUGUGUCACCACAGGAAAAAGACCUAUCGUUAAGCAAAGGGCAGGUUGUGAGCAAUAGUCCCCGUCUUUCAGAGGCUGUUCUAUGUUUACAUCGUCUGAAUCACACCCCUGGUGAAUCAAUACAUGUUGAUGACCAUGUUGACAGUGUUGUGCGUCCAUCUGUCAUUAAGGCAGUGGAUAAUGAUGAUGUGGCAUGUAGCAGUUCACAAACUUUGAAAACCAGAUCAUGUUCUUCUGGAGAAAGUGACAAAAUUGAUGUGACACCCAAUGAGACUUUGUCACGAGACAAGGCCCUGGCAAAUGUUUCCCAGAACACAGAUUCUGAGGUGGAGAGAGCGAAAACACAUCAGAGUCCGUCUCAGAUUGUGGUUCAAAAUGGAAGUGUCAGUGAUGGCGACACUCCACACCACAUUGUGAAAGAUGGCGUAGAUGAGUCAGAUGCGUCCAGCUCAAGCACUGACAAAGAGAAUUCGGAGAGAAAGGGCAGACAUCGGAAAGACCAUCACAGUCAUGAGGUCCCUGGCAUCUCCCCUGCCAAAAAAGCUAAAUUGGAAAGUACUUCAGAGCAUCCUACAUCAUCUGAUGCAACACCUUUAGUCGAGGAACCUCACCAAGAUGACAGUGUCAAAAGUUCAAACAGACUGCGAAAACACUCUUCUUCUAAAUUGAAUAGGAAAUCUGAAGUGUUGACUAAAAAGUCCUGUAUGCCAAGCGCCAGUUUCAACGAAAGUGAUAGUACAGAAAGACCCCGUCGUCUCAGAGACAAAAGUUUGCUGUCUACACCAGAAUUUAUGUUGAAACAACGACAAUAUCCUGUAGAUUUUAGGUUUCCAAAACGUUCUCCUGAUGGUGUCUCUCACAGUCGAAAAACAUCCCCUCUGGCAGCUAGCUCCAGAACAACUCAUCGUGCUGAAAUUUCUGAUGCUCGCACAUCGAACUCAAUACGCAGAAAAGCACAGGCAGGCUCCAACUCCAAGAGCACUUCACAUCAUGAUAAAAAAGUGUCUCCAAAAUCUGGAAGAGUGAGUUCCUCUCACAAAAAAGAAUUCAUAAGCCCAGUCUCUCAAAAUAAUUCUCCAAAAAGUAAAAAAGAAUCAGCGAUGCUGAAUUCCAGUAAGAGAAAAGAUACCCUAAGCUGUGACUCUAGUGUAGGCAAAAAAAUGUCAAAACCAGGAAAACAAAAUUCCAGUAAAACUUUUGCAAAGGACCUAAGUUCUUCUCGGGAACGACCUAGUCGUCUCAGAAAUGUAAGUUUGCUGUCGACACCAGAGUCAAUGUUGAAGCAAAGACAAUAUCCCAUUGACUUCUGGUUCUCCAGCCAUUCUCCCCAACAAGGAGAUUCUUCUCUUCUGCAAACCUCCACCAAGGUUGCAAGUUCCAAAAUAACAAAAUGUGUUGAAAUGUCGAACACAAAAACUUUAAACUCUCAGCACAGUAAACAACGCCCAAACUCAAAGUCUCAGUCCCGCAUUUCGGCUCAGCGAACUUCUCAUCAAGGCAAAAAAGCGUUGUCAAAGUCAACUGCUGAGAAUGCCAGUCAAAGCUCGGCAGAGGCGAACUCCUCUCGGAAAACACAGCGAAAGCUUUCCAUUCCCCGCCGCAGUGCCAAUAAAAUCCUUCAAACAGACUGCGAGACAAAGAAGACAAGAAGAGGGAACAGACAGUUCGGACAGCAAGAUGAGUCUUCAGUGGAUAUGGCUUCAGAUGAAACCUUCAACAUUGUGAACCAGAGUCAGCAGUCAGCCUCUAGAACUCUCCAGAAGAAGUCCAAGAGUCCUCCCAAAGCAGCUCCUGUGGUCUCCAGCUCACAAAGAAAGCAUCACGUUUCCUUCAACGAGACCGUUGUUGGGAGUCAGAGGGCACUGCAGAGGAGGAACCUCACCAAAGUGUUGGAGGAAGUUUCUCAGAAACACACCCCCCCUCGGGGUUCCAAGAAAACAGGUGGUCAGACUGUCUGUUUGUGGCGAGAGGAAGGCCAGACGUGUGUGGGGACAGACUUGAGUCCGCUGGAUGUUAUCUUUGACUCUUUCCUGGAUCUGGAGCAUCAGUUGUGCGAAGCGGAAGAUGACCCUGUGGCUAGGAAACUGGUUCAGAAAGUCUUUAAAGGAGUGAAGCAGGCAGUGAAGCCUAUGAUUGUCAAAACUCAACUAAUAAAAGACAUGCAGAAAAGCUUGAAAAAGAAAAAAGCUCAAUGUGCCAAACUGAUGGGGGACCUUAAGGAACAGGAGCUGGUGAAAGCAAGGCUCCAGAGCCAGGUGUCGGAGCUGCGCGAGGGACAUGUGGACACACUGUUGAGCCGAUGGAUGACCGGCUACUCUGAGCUCAUGUCCACUUUUGACCACAGCACAUGAGGGUGGACGGGACAGAGCGUGUUGAUGAAGUUAUGCGAAUUGGGGCUCCAGACGAUUUGUGGACAGUGUGUGUCUCUUCUAGGCUACAGUAGUCUCUGCCUAAACGCACGCCAUACAAAAGCACGCUCCGCUCAAAUGCAUGCUUUUGUCGUAUGAUGAGGUUUUUACUAUAUAGUUCAGAUGUACGAACGCACGUUCGCUUCUUCUAAACGCUCUCUUCGAUCCGCGAAAACAAGUCGAGACAACCGGAUAUUCGGUAAAACUGCCCCCCCCACACAGAACAAAGAGAGGGAUGGACUGGGUUUUCACACCCAAUCUUCAGCAAACACAUAGGUCUAGGACUGGUCAAGUAGUAUUUUGGGGGACUGAAAUGAUUUUUGAUUGGUUACUCGAAAUGUGUCUUUGAGAGAAGUUUCCUGACUGAUAUUUGAAUGACUGCAAACGUAAUGUUGAGUUAGGCCUAUGAUGCGCAACACACGUUAAUGAUGUAGGACUCUGGGUAGGCCUCUACAGGGUUAAAGAUUAGGCUACGCUCAAAGUACUUUUAACAUACUUGUUCAACAAAUCCGAGAAAAGUUUCUCAAAAUGUCUGAUUCUGAUGUCUACCAUGAAUUAUUUAAGUUGCAAUAAAUGACAGGGAGUCGGGAGUCUUUUCUUGGAAAGCCGCAUGGCUGAGUGCUUGUCCAUACCCUUUGACUAUCACGAACAGUUUCCUUUUGUCUGUUCCUGACAUUUUAUAUUGCAUUUCAUGCUCUCCCCCCCCCUUGACCAACCCAUUCAACGCCUUUGUAUAUAUUACCGCUGUCAGGGAAUCCUUCACUAAACAGUCAUGUGUAAUCACAUUAUCGGCUAGUGACCCUCAGCCCCCCAAGGAGGUCACUAAAAUAUCAAGGCAAUGUGAUGGUUGCGUUCCUUCCUCUCUUUGCACAGGUUCAUGUAAACACACACUCCGUAUAAACCCAUGCUAAGGAGCCCUCCCGAACACCGUGCAUUUAGGGGGAGACUACUGUAUAUUAACUACAUGUGUGGACUUUU